AUGGAGGUGUGUCUGAGGUCUGCUGGUUCGUUUACUGGCGGGCUUGCGGGUCGUGGACGAUCUGUGGCAUGUAGUGGUGGAGCAGCAGCUUCUCCCGCCACUCCCGCCACGCCCGCCAUUCCCGCCACUCCCAACGCCCCCGCCACUUCCGCCACUCCCUUCACAGCAGCUGCGAAGUCGACGGGAGGGCGGGCGGGGAAGAGGUGUGACUGGCGGAUGCUGGCGCUGGCGGCCGCCACUCCCUUCCCCCUUUCCUCUUUGCUCCAACUGCGCCCGUCGCUGUUUCUGCGCCGCGGAGCCGCGACGAGGCAGCGUGACGGCGGCGGGUCCAUUGGCGGGCUCGCUCGCGUGCCCGUUGGCGGGUUCGUCGGCGGGCGUGCUCACACCGCGCUGGCGGGUCCGUCGGUGGGCUUGCUGGCGCUCUCGUUGGCGGGUCCGACGGCGGGUUUGCUGGCGGAUCCGUCGGCGGGCUUGCUGGCGCUCUCGUUGGCGGAACUGACGGCGGGUCCGUCGGCGGGUUUGCUGGUGGGUCCGUCGGCGUGCUUGCUGGCGGGUCCAAUCCUGGCGUUCCUGGUGCGUUCCUUGCGUGCGCGGUGGCGUGCAUUGCUGGUAGUGCGCGGGCGACGGGCGGAAAACGGGAAAGUGCUCACGAGGCGCACUAAGGGGCGCGCCAUUGCAAGCGCUAAUGGUGGGCCCAUUUGA